CCCUUGUAGCUCAUGGUGGGGAGAGGGAAGGAGGAGGAGAGGGCGCCGACACGUCCGUCGCCCGAAGCAACCGGGCAAAAUGAAGUGCGCGCCGGAAUAUAUUCCGGCGCACGUGCAGCACGGCGGCGCGUGGUGACGCGCCUGAUGGCGGCGCGCCUUGUUCUCAGACAGUCGCACCAUGUUCUCCACCGCAGGCCUCUUCAGCAGACUCAGAUGCCCCCGCGGCGCAGACUGUGACCGCACCAACUGCGUCUUUGCGCAUGGGGACGUCCAGCCCGAGCCCCCGCUCGACAUUCCUGUCGCACAGCCCGCUGCAAGCACCACAAAGCCCACAGUACCCGCUAAGCGCCCAACUAUGCCCUCUCCCACAUCGUCGACCGCCAGAGUGCCGCCGCUGUCGGCGAAAGAGCCCCCUCGGAAGAUGCUCAAGCUGGGAGGGCGCACAGCGGUUCCUAUCCCCCAACCUGCCCAGCCGACAGCCGGCGUACCGACACUCAAGAUACAUCCCAUGCAAUCCCAAGUACCCAUCGCAACCCGCCAAUCGAUGCUCAAGGUUCUUUACGACCGCUUCCGCGACCUCUACUCCUCCAUCCUCCCCUCCAACCCCACCCUCGCCUCCGAGCACGCCCUCCGGCAAGAAGAGGAGCUCUACAAGUCCUCCAGCAAGCCCGGCUAUUCGAUGACGGUCAUCCAGUAUGCUGGGCAGAUCAAGAAGCGUCCCAAGCCGACGCACAUUAGUCACGACUCGGUGGGGACGAAGGCGGAUAUUGCGGCGCGCGCCGAGCAGAAGAAGUCGCUCAAGGCGCUCACAUUGACGCGCGCCAACCUCGAGCGCUAUGUGCACCCUGUUGAAGUUCUCGCGCAAUGGGGUUACAUUACUGCGAUACCGGAGGGGCCGGGUGGCGACGCGUCGACCAUGGAGGGUCAGUCGAUGAAGUGUGAGCGGUGUGGCGACAAGUUUACCGUGCAGGCCAACCCGGGCGCGGAGGAGUGCACAUUCCAUUGGGGGAGGUUGCGGACCAUGAAUGUCAGUGGCGAGCGAGCCCGCGUGCGCACCUGCUGCGCGAAGACGGACUCGGAGUCGGGGGGUUGCACAACAGGCGCACACGUCUUUUACGACACCGAUCCAAUCGUCCUGCACGCGCGACACCCAUUCUCAUUCCUGCCUCCUCGAUCUGCGCCACGAAGAACAACGCUCGACGUCAUUGCCCUAGAUUGCGAGAUGAUUUACACGACCGGCGGCAUGCGAGUCGCUCGCGUCUCCCUCAUCGACGGCGCAGGCGCCACGAUAUUCGAUGACUUUGUCAAGAUGGACGAGGGGGUCAAGGUGCUUGAUUACAACACCCGCUUCUCUGGCAUCAAGCCCGAGCACCUCGAGCGUGCCACGCAUGACCUCGCCGGGAUCCGCGAGCGGCUGCACGCACUCAUGGAUGCUGAUUCUAUCCUCGUCGGUCAUGCGCUCGAGAACGACUUGAAGACAUUGCGGAUUAUACACCAUCGCUGCGUCGACACUGCGCUGCUAUUUCCGCACGGGUCGGGCGCGCCGUAUAGGAAGGCGUUGAGGGAUCUCGCUCGCGAGCACCUCGGUGUCGUCAUCCAACAGUCAACCACUGCCGGCCACUCGUCGGCCGAGGAUGCUUCUGUCACGCUCGACCUCGUCCGGUGGCAUCUGCUCAAUAGGCAGCCGCCAAAGUACGCGAUUGACGCGGGGAAGGCGGCGAUCAAUGGUGCAGGCGCGACGCAGCAAGGAUUGGGAUCGGCUUCGACAACAGCAACUGCGUCGGUGUCAACAGCAGCGGGAUUUACGGGUUCAACGGCGUCGGGGUCAACAUCAAUGGCCUCGAGGUCAACAUCAACGGCCUCGGGGCGCACAUUUUGGCCGGCGUCAAGAACAGCGUCACGGGUAGCGCCAUCGGGACCGGCGACAAGGAAAGCGUCAACGAUAAUAGAGGGCACCAGCCGCGGAGGGCCCCUGCCACUACAUACCUCGCCCUCCGCAUCUAUACCCAUUCAGCCUUCGCAGGCAGCGAGAUUACCACAGCCUUCGCAGGCAUCGAGAUUACCACCGCCAGUGUCAUCCAUGGAUAUAGAGUUGAUCUGACUUUGGUGGA